GGAAUUGUUACGUUAUGCCCUGGGCCCCUCACCUCUGUAGAAAUGGGUGCGACAGCGUCCAGUCCCACCACGACGGUGAAGGCGGAGGACGCAGUGGUCCCUCAGCACGGUGUUGAUGCUGCACAACCUGCAGCUGGUGUUGCACAUGGACAGCACCAUCGGGCCUUUCUGUCAGGAAGCCCCCCACCAGAAUGCCCUAUGCACCAAGCUAAGACAGGCGCGUCAGAGGAAGCAAGGGCGCCCCCUCCUGGUCCAGUGCAUCAGGAACGAGCCUAUGAAUUUGUGGAGUGUCCAAUGAGGGCGGCGUCUGGGGUUGGCCAGGGUACAGGUGACAUCGACCCGGCAAACAUGAUGCCUCCGCCGAACCAGGCUCCUGCUCCUGACCAGCCCUUCGGACUGUCUCUGAGCAGGGAAGAGUCCAGAAUCCCGCGGGCUGGAACCGACAAAAAUUGGGUCUACCCCUCGGAGCAGAUGUUCUGGAAUGCCAUGCUUCGCAAAGGGUGGCGCUGGAAGGAUGAUGACCUUUCUCAGAAAGACAUGACGAACAUCAUUAAGAUCCACAACCAGAACAAUGAGCAGGCGUGGCAGGAAAUCCUGAAAUGGGAAGCCCUCCAUGCUAGGGAAUGCCCAUGCGGCCCCACUCUGGUACGGUUUGGAGGGAAAGCUAAGGAGCUGUCUCCCAGGGCUCGUAUCCGCAGCUUCAUGGGGUACGAGCUGCCUUUUGACCGGCAUGACUGGAUAGUGAACCGCUGUGGGAAGGAGGUUCGAUAUGUCAUCGAUUAUUAUGAUGGGGGUGAGGUGGACAAGCAGACCUAUCAGUUCACGAUCCUCGAUGUCCGCCCGGCGGUGGACUCCCUCGGGGCGGUGUGGGACCGGAUGAAAGUGGCUUGGUGGAGGUGGACUUCGUGAAUUCAUGCUAAGAACCUAAACGCACAACAUAAAGGGAAGUUCUAAAAUCGAAAAAAUAUAAGUUGGCAGGAUUGUAUCUCAGUUUUCUGCUAGUAAAGGCACAGAAGAUCUUCUGUUGGCAGUUACACAGAAAACUAUAUUUCACAGAGGUUAUUCGAAACCUUAUGGGUAUUCAGCUCCAGGUUAAAGGUACAUAAGUAUUACAGCUAAUAUACAUCUAACCCGGCACAGAAUACCUGGCUAGAUGAUACUAUUUAACAUACCAGCACAACAGAUCAGUUCGUUGAUAGUGCUGUAUGUUUCAUUUAGAUUCACAGAUUUUAGGAUAAAGAGCUACAUAUAUGAUUUUGAGCAGAAACGCAGUGCUCUGAGGUUGCAUGCCUUUUAUUAUGUUGUAUUUUGGUAACUGUGGUUGCACACUUGCAGGCAGGUUGUUCUGUUAGCUGUGUAAUGCUUUGUGUUGGUCAGGUUGAAGGUCACAGUAACAUCUGCCUUUUUUCCUGUGACUUUUCUAUACCUUUAUAGCUGAUAAUGGCACUGGGUGCUGUGUGAAUGUAUCAUCUGACCAAGAUGUGUAUUUCAAAUCAGAUUCUGAGUAUCAGCUCAUUUUUAUUCUGCUUACUUUACAAAUGGAUAAAAAUGGCAAAUAAAGUUAGUCUCUUUUCAGUGGUUUAAAUACCCAAAAAUGCUCCAAAUUUGAGCACAGGCAGGGCAAACUUAAGGGCAUGAUUGAGUGCAGAUGUUCACAGGCUGGGGAGUGGUUGUGUUCCAUGCAGUCAUAUUGCAUCACAACGGUAGCGUUUCUCUGUUGUUUUCCAACGCUGCAUGCCAGUCGUGUGAAGUGAUACUUUUGUUCUAUGGUGGAUUUGCUCAAACUCUGUAAUUGUACUGAUUCAUGGAGUCUCUGAUUUGCUAAUAUGAUUUUGUUGCAAGUAAUUUAUUUAUUUGUCAGCGGACUGAUUUUCUUUGUGUGUAGAUAAUGCAGAAUUCCAAAUAAAAAUCUCACUUUUCUACCAAGA